UUAGCCAACACUGGCUGCUACAAAACAGUUGUUAUUCGCUCAUAUUUAUUUUUUAGCCGGCUGCUAAACAGUAUAGUAUUAGCAUGUUAUAUAUGAUUUAAACUCAGGAUGUCUAGAAUUUUGAUGAGCCAACUGACACACCCGCAGCGCGUCCGACUGCUGUACAAAACAAUCUUGCGACUGCACAGAGGACUUCCAGCCGAACUACGUGCUCUGGGCGAUAACUAUGUGCGGGACGAGUUCCGGCGACACCUCAAGUGCAAUCCCAUGGAGGCACAGCUCUUUAUGACAGAGUGGGCCCGAUAUGCGUCCACAAUCACCCAACAACUAGGGAUUCGGGGCAAGCCCAAGGGAGAGCUAGGCGAAGAGAUUGACCCCAAGACUGUGGAAAUGCUGAAAGACGACCAAGUAGUCCAACUAUACGAGCUGAUGCUGGCGGCCAAGGGAGUAGAAGAUGCGCAAGGCAAAUAAAUUAGUGGAUUAUUUUAUUA